AUGGGGAGGGAGGGGGUGGGUUUGAGGUGGUGGCAGCGGCUCACCCGCCGCUACCUCGCUUUCUGCCAGGAACUUCUGGUUCAGAAAGAGUCAAUUGUUGCUGCUAUCGGCGAGGGAUUCGGAAAAUGGGCUCGCAUCUGUUACCGCUACCCGUACCAUGUGAUGCUUGCAUCUCUCGUUCUCUGCGUGGCAAUGGCGUCUGGACUCCUGCCCCCAACACCCGUCUGGAUCGAUGGCGCGGAGAAAUUGUACUCCCUUCCUUACUCGAGGGCCAGAGAUGAUGGAACACUGCACACGUCAUAUUUUGGAGAUGUGCUGGGUCGGAAGAGUGUCGUUAUUCUUAAACAUAAAGUCGAAGGGUCAAAUAUUCUGACUUGGAAGUACCUCGAAGCCAUCCAGCAUUUGGACGCGAUCAUUCGAGGUCGUGAAGUUGACCCGGUAGGAAGCCGCAAGCUUGUGAUCCCUCGAACGUUUGGAGACCAAAAUGAUAACAUUUUUUCACAGUCAGAAGGAAAGCAAGAGACAGAGAAGGCCGUGCAAGAAAGUAACCGCUCUGCCGGACACGCAAGCGACGAUGCGCUCAAUAGUGGUACACUGAGCAACAACAGCAGACACCCUCGCGGGUCGCACAGCUCUACGGGUAUGGACGACCGAGGUUACAUGACAUUUGAAGAUAUUUGCUUGAUGAACCCUUUUGGUGAAUGUGCAAUCGAUUCUGUGUUGAAGUUCGGUCUACAUGAACUGCGACAGAUGGGCUUCCUUCCAGGUGAACCAGAAGUUUGGGUUUUCGAUGGAACGGUGUACAACACAAAGCAAGUGGGGUUCAUUCCGGAAUACUUCCUUGGCGGCAUCACCAAAGAGCAAUGCUGGAGGCAAAUGCCACUCGAACUAGCGCAGCGACUGCUUCCUUCCUCUCGCAUCAGGCCCCUUCCUGAUCAGCCUGGUUUUGCUAUGGUUGACAUCGACUGUAUAACCAAAGCACAGGCCGCCAUGCUUCAGUACGACGCCGAUGGCCGAUCUCAGUUCGAGGGACGAAAUAUGAUGUGGGAGCGGCUGUUCAUCCAGAUCAUGAAGGAUAACCAGUCGUUUGGAGACCUUGAGGUCUCUUUCCAAGCGUUUCGAUCUCGCGACGACGAGUUAAGAGCGUCAACAUCUGAAUCAAAGGACGUCGUCUACGUCGUCUUCACAUUUUUCAUUCUGGCUACAUAUUCGACAGCCCUCAACUUCUCCUGUGAUCUAUAUCGUAACAAGCUAUUUUCCGCCUUAAUGGGGUUUGGUGCAGCCUUCAUGGGACUUGGGGCCGGCAUGGGCAUUGUCGCGUACAUGGGAAUGCCUAUGGUGCCGACUGUACUAAUUUGUCCUUUUCUAGUGCUCGGUAUUGGAGUCGACGACAUGUUUGUCGUCAUGAAUUGCUACUGCGUAAGCUACACAAUUCACGACCCGGAAGAACGUUGCAUCCAGGCUCUCCGUAUUUCAGGACUUGGAAUCAGUAUCACUACGCUUACCAACCUUAUCUCGUUUGGUGUCGGCGCCUUUAGCGCCUACAUGUCCAUCAGGAACUUCUGUGUUUACUCGGCGAUGGCCCUUUUUAUGGGAUACGUCUUUGUCCUCACGUUCUUUUUCCCCACCCUGUGCAUCGAUGCUAGACGAGAGGAAUGCGCGCGUGUAUGUCCUUUCUGUCUCCCCGACAUCUCUGAUCGUCAAAAGGUGGCGCAGGAACGGCUUGCCGAAAUGACAGACGAGGAGAGAAAAAUCGUGGAAAGCAUGGCCUCUCUGAGUCAAGAGGAACUCAUUGCAUACAAGGUGAAUGUCUUCUACGAGGAACAGGCCAUCAGAAAGGCUACACGACGCAUACCGCGUGAAGGAAAGGACGAUGCCAUCAUGAUUGCCGUUCCGAAAUUGGCCACAACAAUCGGCGGUCUGCCCCCCGAUUUGGCACGUGAAGCGCUGUAUGAAGAACCAAGAGGGAAUGUAGGCCGAAAGUGGCGAGAAUUCUUCCUGUGCUACUAUGGACCACUCCUCAUGUGGUUCCCGGUGAAGGUCGCUGUGGUGGUCGCUUUCGUGGCGAUAGCGGCCGUGUCCGUCUACGGAUUCACGAAACUGGAACUCGGACUGGAGUUGUCGGAGCUGGCGCCAGGGAAUUCAUAUAUGCGACGGUUCGAUGCUGACUUUGCCCAUUAUUUCAACAAAUUCGAUCAGCCGACAGACAUCUUUUUUGUAGACCGUGGCAACAGCGUCGAUGACAUGAGUAUUCGAACGGAAUGGUGGAAUCCAAAGGUUCAAGCCGCUCUACGCGCGUUUCAUAAGAAACUCGAAUCGAGGCCGACCACCUCUCGCCUGGUUAAUCCUCUGCUUACGAUGCUCGAUGAUCCGCAGAUCGGCGCAAAACUACGAAUGGGCGAUAAACAGGUGUUUGAGGAUACAAUAUACUACCAGCUCGUUCACUCGAAGUCUCCUUACCGUCAGUUUAAAUUUGACUUCAUUUGGACAGGCCGGGAACUGAAGACGUGGCGCAUGAGGCUUCUUCCCAAGUACAUGGCGACUUCCGAAGAAAGAGCCUCAUGGAUGCAGCAACUUCGAAACGACUGUGAUGAGGCCGCCAAAGCCUUCGUGGAGAUUUCGGAGGGCGAUAAUAAUGAAGAGGUUGAAUACGCCAGUAGCAAUGAGAAAUCCUCAUCUGUUUCGCUUACAGACAAGGCAUCUAGUGCCUGGGGAACAACUAGAGACGACCUAAGGGCGUUGCCCAGUGAACCUAUCUACCCAAUUGCCUAUACGUACAUGAUGAUUUUUUAUGAGAGCGAUUUAGGCAUCCUUAGCUCCGUGCUCAUCAAUAUGCUCUCUGCUGGUCUGGCGAUGCUCCUUGUGGCCUUCGUUUUGAUUCCUGAGGCGCUUGCGGGUUUCCUCGUCAUCCUCAUGAUCUGCCUCAUUGACCUCGCGCUUUUCGGCUUCAUGUACUUCUGGCGGGUAAAACUCCACAUGGUGUCCACGAUUGCGCUGGUCAUUAGUAUCGGGUUUGCCGUCGACUACUCUGCCCACCUUUGUCAUACAUUCACGCACUGCAAAGGCGAGACAAGGGAAAAGCGAGUCAUUGAAAGCCUAGUGCUUAUGGGCAAUCCAAUAUUCCACGGGGCGUCGUCAACUCUUCUGGGUAUAAUGCUUCUCGGCUUCUCCGAGUCCUUCGUCUUCACCGUCUUCUUCAGAAUGAUGGUUAUGGUUGUCGCCUUCGGCGCGAGUCACGGCAUGCUUCUUCUUCCGGUCAUUCUUUCGUGGAUUGGUCCAAUGGGCCACACAGACCAUGGCAAGGCUCUUGAAUCGUCCACGUCUUGUGCUGAUCUCUCCGGUGAAGGAACGGUUUCACGGCCAGAAAAGCCCCACCAACUUCACAGUAAACUGCCAAAAGACCAGUUUACUCCAUCUGUGCCCUUCCCCCAGCAUUUGUCACACCCCGCAGAGGAAAAUACUUCUAAAACGAAUCCGACUCUCCUCACUUCCAAACUUCGACCCGAAGCAUCUCGUUCCGGCGGGGCUCCCAAUGUCCUAGGAGCAGCCGAGGCAGAGAAAAACGCAGAAAAUUCCCACGUUGGCCGGUGGUUCCUUGCCAAGAUGCUGCCAAAAGCGAGUUCAGGAGGAGACAGACAACAAAUCGGCUCCGAAACAUUCGGAUCUCUCCAGGGAACUGACGAAGGUGCAAGCUUCGUGAUCGAUACCACCGGACAUCGAAGGCCGGUUGUGCAUCCACGAGCCGCGUCGCUCCCGGUUCCCCUGCCCGUCAGAAGUUUGCCGGCUUCUCUAGACGUGCAGAGUUUUCGUCAGACGCACGCGAAUCCCCACAACUUAGCUGACCACUGUUUUUUGCCUUAUUCUGACCAGAAAGUUCGUGUGUCAGCAGAUGACACUGCAGCCGCCCUGAGACCCAGUGGCCCUUGGGCUCACGGGGAUGAAGAGCCGACCAGCAGCUGCAUCAGCAGUCCACUUGACUACACGGCUCACCAGCAAGCGAGCCAACUGAAAGCACACAGACGAAGCCGUCUGCUCGAAGGACAAAUCCCUAACAGCGUCGAGAAUUCCGAAGCAAACCGCGGGACGCUUCAUGGCGUUUCAAGCACAACAGCGAGUGGUCUGCCGUCUCAUCCCCUGGAGACAGCAUCGGCAGAACUGGAACUGGCACCAAUGAUUGCAAGUUCACAAGCUGCAGCGGCGCUCUCUCAGCUAAGGGAAAAAUUAUGGAACUCAGUAGCAUCGAGCCGAACGUCGACCGGCUCGGGCGUGUUCCUACAAAACAAAGAGAUCUACCCCAUGGCAUCGCAGCGGUGCACUCAGCGGAAGCGAAGCAGCCAUGAGAGUCGAAUUGGUGAAAUGAAAGGGUGCUGCGAAGAAACACAGGGAGGCGAAGACGGCAGAGAAAUGAGGGAACCAAAGGUGUGCGUUCCUCUAGUGAAAGAGCCGCCUUUCCCUAGUGUCGCAAGUGAAGUGUCGUCUGCGGCAUUUUCCGAAAACACGACGGGAGCGACGAAUAAUCCGGACCUCAAGAAACACAUCGUCGCUCAUCCGAGGCGAGUAAUGUCUUGUGGACCGACGCUCUCACUCCAACCCUCUCUUAAAUCCUCUUCCGUUGUUUCGUCCCAACAUCCCUCUCUCGUUUCCGGCAAUGCGAGCAGCAUCUCCCAUUCCAAAAGGAGAAAUUCCGCGGUGGCAGGGAAACCAUCGUUCUCAACUGCGUACCAUAGUGGCACCGCAACGAUCGGUGGACAACCGGUCAUAACCGUUAGAAAGGGCAUUGGGGUUGUAGGUUUCCCUCAUCCCGGGUGUACAUCCAUCGCGGGAGCGCGGAGCGGACAGCGCAGGCACUCUACCAGCAAAGGAGCAAGCAGCGGACAAAAUUUGCCUUCUCUUGUCUCGAAUAGACUUCCUCGACCUCCAAAGAGUGGCACUCCACACGACACACAGAACAGUCGCUCCAGUGACGUGGUGGGACACGGUUUCCCAGCGGCCGCAGAGGAACUCGACACCGGAGGACGACGUACGGCAAACAGUGAAGUGGGAAGUGGAGCAAAACGAAGUCACUCGACGAACAGCGUCAACCUCGGACGGACGCCGAGGGAGCGAGAGCCACAUACACGUCCUGGAAGUCACACCUUCGGGCUUGUCCAUUCCUCGUCUCUUCCGUCAAACGUUGCUAGAGACGGGGAAUGCAAACACACACCGCUCCCUCCCGCAUCGCGCUCGUCGUCUGCUGUUUCUACGACCUUUGCCAAUACCUCAACACACAAUGCACGGCCAAAGAGUCAAAAUUCUCCCGUUUCCUACGUCUCGUCCCACGCGUCGAAGAAACUAAUUUUGCCGCCUACACACCUCGCGACAUCGCACCAAAGGGGCAGAUCCUCACAGAAUCACAGUCAACCCACUCACGUGAUGGGUAAGGCAGACCAAGACAAGGGACAGGCUCUCGAAUCAGUUUCGUCUCUGGAUGCUCCGGCCGGGUCAGCAUCCAAACGAAGGAACAGCACAGGCAACUUGAUGGCAAAUCGAGGCCGACGGGAGCUUGGUGUCGUGUCCGCGAGCGGACACAGUGAAACGGAACAGAAAAGGGGAGAGAGCAGACAACAAAGAUCGGGCCGAAGAGACACAAGAGAUCCGAACGGCCAAGGAAUGGAGGCAGGGGACGAACGCACUGAAGACGAAAUUAGCAAACCAGGGUGCGGGAAGGAAGAAGACCAAACCAAGGGAGGAGGUCUCUUUCAACAGCUUUUGCACAGGGGGAUGAGUCUGCGGAAAACGAGGGACGAAGGGCCACUCGCAUGA